GGUAACUAUAUUUGUCUCAUCUCCUUAUAUUUGACUUAUUUUUGUUUUGGAUUUCAUAUAUAUACUUCUUCUAUUAUUUGCUAGAACUGAAACCCAGUACAUCGAGGACAUUGUUGUGUAUGUUAUGCAAAAGUUGAAGCAUCGAGUUUUCUUAAGCUUAGGUGAAGACACACGCCUCAACUUCUCCAAUCACUUAGUCAAAGGUUUGGAAAAAGUAGGGAUUAAUGUCUUCCCCGAUAACGAAACACUGGGAAAAGGAGAGAAACUUCUACCAACAAAUGUUCGAGCAAUUUCGGCUUCAAAUCUCUCAAUCCUCGUUUUAUCUAAAUACUAUGCUUCUUCAAAAUCAUGCUUACGUGAUCUUUCUGACAUCAUGGAUCGCAAGCGCGAGCCCACUGACAAACAUAUUGUUUUACCCGUCUUUUACCAUGUUGAUCCUUCCAAUGUGCGAAAUAUUAGUGAGAGUUUUAAGACAUCCUUCGAAGAGCAUGAAUCAAAGGAACCAGCUGAUAUACUACAACGAUGGAAAUCUGCUUUUGCAGAGGUCGGUAAAUUAAAAGGGUGGCAUAUAGAAGGAGGCAAACGUGAUAGAUCUGAAACCGAGUACAUUAAAGAUGUUAUUGAAUAUGUUAUAGAAAAGUUGGAUAAUAUUAAGUCUAGAAGUGCUUCUGAAGAAUUGGUUGGAAUAGAUUAUCAGAAAGAGACGAUUUUGAAGCUGAUUAAGCAAAAAGACCGUCGUGUAUUAGGACUUCACGGAAUGGGUGGUCAAGAUAAAACAACACUUGCUGAGGCUGUUUUUAAUGAAAUCUCUUCAGAGUUUGAAAGUCGUUGGUUUCUUCAAAAUGUUAGAGAGAAAAUAGAAAAACAAGGGAAGGAAUCUUUACGAAACGAACUUUUUUCGAAAUUAUUGAACUCAGAUGUUGAUAUUGGCACCCCCUCCGUAGGAUCCACUUUAACACAAGACAGGCUCAAGAAAAAGAAAGUACUUGUUGUCCUUGAUGAUGUUGAUAAGUCAGAUCAAAUAGAUUGUAUGGGUAUUGGGGAUUUUGGUUAUGGAAGUAAAAUCAUUAUAACAUCUAGAGAUAGACAAGUGCUUAAGAGUGGAGGAGCUGACACAAUACUUGAGGUGAAAGGGUUAAAUAAGAACAAUUCUCUUCAACUUUUUUCUACCUUUGCGUUUAAGCAGUUGAAACCCCCGAUUCAUUUUCAAAAUCUAUCCCGUAGGUUUGUAAAGUACACCCAAGGCAAUCCACUUGCUCUUAGAGUUUUGGGUUCUGAUUUAUAUGAAAGGAAUAUAGAUUACUGGAAUGGUAAGGUAGAGAUGCUAAAGGAUGGUCCCCCAGACGAACAAAUUUUAGAGGUUUUGAAAAGUAGUUAUAAUGGGUUGAGUGAGCUAGAGAAGAAUAUAUUUCUUGACAUUGUAUGCUUAUUUAAAGGGGAAACCAUAGGAAAAACAAAAUUUAUUCUGAGUAAUUCUUAUAAGGGUGUAGAGUGUGGAAUAAUCAAAUUGGUCGACAAGUGCCUCAUUAGUGUCUCAUCUAUUCAUGGUAUGGUCGAAGAGAUGAGAAUUGACAUUAUUAGCCAAGAAUCUAAAAGCCUUGGAGAGCAUAGUAGGCUAUGGUGUCAUGAUAUGCUUGAAGAGAUGGGAAAGGACAUUGUUAGCUAAAAGCCCUGAAGAGCGCAGCAGGCUAUGGUGUCACAAAGAUGUGGAACAAAUACUCAAAUAUAAUAAAGGAACUGAUCGAAUUCAAGGAAUAAAGGUAGACAUGUCACACAUGGAUAUUCUACUGUUCCAACCUUCUGUUUUUGAAAAUAUGAUUAAUCUUAGAUAUAUCUUCUCCUAUGAUUCGUUUUGGAGAUCUUUGCAAAUGAAGAAGCUAUUUACAUACCAAGUUGAUAAUGUAUUUCUUCCUGAUGAGUUAAGGUAUCUUCGAUGGGAAAAUUACCCCUUCAAAUCUUUAUCAUCAAA